AUGAAAAUCCAAGAAAGCAUAAAAAUCAGUUCUUUGAUUCCAAAACUGUCUAAAUUUCUGCCUAAACGGAACUGGGGUUCUGCUUCUGGGCUAAAAAUAUCUGCAGCUGUUGGUGUUCUGGGUGCUGCUGGUAUAAUCUUGGCCGUAAAGGAUAAAGUUUUGAAAUUUAACAACCUGCUAUUAUUGUUAUCAGAUGGUGAUUCUGGAAAGUAUUGGACAGUCCCUGGAUUGCAAAAUUUUGGAAAUAAUUGCUUCUUGAAUGUUAUUUUGCAGGCUUUGGCAAGCUGCUCGAGCUUUCGGAAAUAUCUUGAAAAAACGGUGGAGGAAUUCAAGUUUUCAUCAGAUGGAGUUGAAAGCAUGCCACUUGUUAAUGCCCUGGCUUCUCUAAUGGAAGAAUUAGAUACUGUCCGACAUGGAAGAACUGUGCUCAGUCCAAGAAAACUUAUGCUAGCAAUGGAUAAUUACUUUCCAAGUUUCAAUCUAACUAGCCAGCAGGAUGCCGAGGAAGCAUUUUCUCAUCUUUUGUCUUCAUUAAGAGAAGAACUAUCAGAGCAAUACGUCCCUGAUCACAGCUAUUUGGCUGUUUUGACUGCCCCUCAUGGCGGGAUUCGAAUUGUAAACAGCAGCAAUGGGUGGAGUGAAUGGCAAAGAUGGUUGCACAGUUUCCUUGGGCCCUUUGAUGGGAUUGUUGACAGCAUUUUAAUUUGCCAAAGCUGUUCAAUUCAGAUAUCUCUAGAUUUUCAACUAUUCCACAGUUUGCACCUUUCGCCCCCUAUCAGCCAUAAUGCUACAAUAAUGGCAGGAUGCUCCCUGGAGGAUUGCCUCAAGCAGUUUUUUGUUGCUGAACAUCUUGAGAAUUAUUGCUGCAGCCACUGUUGGCACAGUGCUGCAAUAAAAUAUGUGUCUACAGUAGCUGAAGAUAAGACAGAUAUUGAAAAACUACAAAGUUGUACUCAUGAUGAUUCAUGUGACUGCAAAACCCUUUCUUCCCUUCAAGGACUUCCAUGGUCAAAUAGGUUCUGUCGUGCUUUCAAGCAGCUCAGUAUUGCACGGAGUCCUAAGAUUUUAUGCAUUCAUCUGCAACGUGCUUCAGCUAAUGUAUCUGGGCAAUCAGUCAAACUUGUGGGCCAUCUCUCUUUUCCAUUGUCCCUGGACCUGUCUCUAUUCAUGAAAAGUGAAGUUGGAAUAAAGAACUGGGAAGAAAAUUUGCAGUUUAAGCUAUCAAAGAACCAGAGGGGAAACAUUUCGUCGAAAACGGAAGUUGCGAAGGAAUCAGAAAGAAAUACAGUUGCACUGCCCAAUGGUAAUUGCUUAAAAGCCUCUAUAGCAGGACCAAGUUUGCUCAAGAAUAGCGGAUGUGCUGAUACCAUAUUAGGUAGUAUGCCUACUAAUGACAAGGAGGUUAGUACAUUGCCUUCAAAACCUCGAAUAUAUCGUCUAGUCUCUGUUGUGGAGCACUUUGGAAAUGUUGGAAGUGGACAUUACAUGGUUUACAGAAAAGUUACAGCAAAGUUAGGUGCUGAAGAUCCCAUUGCACUACUGGAAUCUGCUAUUGAUCAAUGGUUUCGUAUCUCGGAUUCUGAAGUGCAAAGUGUAUCAGAGAAAGAUGUUCUGAAUGCAAACGCAAGUAUGCUGUUUUAUGAGAAAAUAGUUGAGCACUGA